AACUUUAAUCAGUAACAAAUUAAUUAAAUAGUCGUCAGAUAUGGAUAUCGGUGACUUAAGUAAAGUUGCGAGUAGAAAAAGACUGAACGUAGAUGCUGAGAAACUUCGUGAAAAAGUUUCUCGCGAAACUGCAAAAAUUAUCAAGUUGAAGGUCGCCCAAGACACCGCGUACUGGGACCUCAAGGAAAAGCUCCAGCAGGUUGAGGGCAACCAUGAGCGGCUGCAGCAGAAUAUGGUCGAGGUGCAGAUGCAACACGAGGCAAUCUCCGGGCAGUACCAAGAUGAACUUAGGCUUCGACCAGAAACUUUGAACAAAAUGAGUAGCACCCGCGAAAUUUGUGAUGUGCUAGAGGAAUACAGCGAGCGGCUAAAGGAAACGCUGUCCCGAUGCAAGAACGAUCAGUCCACAUUGUACGACGCAUACCAGAAGUCUGGACAGCUCGUGAGGGACAUCAAACAGAAGCAACUCCAAGGAGACGAGAAAAACCGCCAAGUCAUCGAGAGACUUGAAGAAAAAGUAAAACUAACAAGCGAGCAUCAGAACCAGCUCUUGCAGUACUUCUCGGCAGCCAAGCAGCAGGGAGACGCCGAGCUGGCCGACACCAAGCAGAAGUUGGCCGCUACCGUCACACAGAAAGAAGAGCUGAUAGCAGCCGUCAACGAACUGCGCAGGAGUCUCGACCUCAACCAACAUGACUUGCAGAAGCACUUCUCGGCGGCCAAGCAGCAGGGAGACGCCGAGCUGGCCGACACCAAGCAGAAGUUGGCCGCUACCGUCACACAGAAAGAGGAGCUGGUAGCAGCCGUCAACGAACUGCGCAGGAGUCUCGACCUCAACCAACACGACUUGCAGAAGAAAGAGGAAUCCAUCUCUUCUCUUCAGAAUGACAUGAAACAACUGCUCCACGAGUUCAACUUACAGGCCUCCGACAUGAAGAGCUCUAUGCUGAAACAGGAAAAAGAACUCAAAGAAGCAGUAGAAAGUAACGAAGCACUGAAGAAGGCCCUCAGCAACCAGGAGACCUUCACCAAGGGCAUCUGCGACCAGAACAACCAGCUUCAGGAGAAGUUAUCUGCAUUAGAGGAUGAAAACAUUGCUAUGACCAACACUAAUAAGGACUUGGAGGCAAAACUCCAGGCUGCUACUGAGAAAAAUGAAGAUUACAAAACAGUGGUGGCCAUGCUCAACGAGACACAAGAUGAACUGAGGAAUGAUAUCGCCCAGAAAGAUCAGCUUCAAAAGAGUUCAGAAGCAGAAAUACAGAAACUGGUGGAUCAGUUAUCUGCAUUGGAAGUCGCGAAUACAGAGGUAGUAGCCAAUCUGACUGCAUCAAAAGAAGACUGCGACAUGAAGGCCCAGCGUAUUCAAGAGUUGGAGACUCAGGUUCAGGAUCUGCAGAAGAAGUUAGCAGAUCGUGAAACUGAGUUGGACGAACUGAAGGCGUCAUCCUCACAGCAAACCAAAGAGCUAUCCGAAGCCAUCAGCUCCAAAGACAAGGAACUAGACACGAAGGCGAGCACCAUAGCUCAACUCAUGACUGAGCUGAAAGCCGCUACGGACGCGCGCGGCCGCCUCGAGCUUAGUGUACAGAAGCUUCGCAAGGAGGCCGAGAUGGAAAGGGAGGCCGCUAGUGAGAGGGAGAAGAGGAUAUCGAAGCAAGUCGAGCAGCUGGAGGUCGUCGUCAGGACUAAAGAUGACGAGCUCUCAAAACAAAUGUCCAUCAUUCUGGAGAUCCGCGCUGAGAAGGAACGGCUUCAAGACAAGAUCCAGAGCAUGCAGAACACGAUCGACAACAUUCAGAAGGAGCUGACCGGGCGAGUGUUGCCUUCCGCAAACCGACUGCCGCCCGAGCAAGACGACAAUGCUGUCAUGUGUGCGCCUUCCAAGGAUUUAUCCCCGAAGCUUCCGACGCCGCAGUUCGCAGUACCCCGCGCCGAGCCGAAGCAGCUGGACAGCAUGCUAUUCAGCCUGUUCAGUGACGGCAGCAUGGACGGGGAUACCCUUGACCCGUCGGAGGUGAACCGCCGCUUUGAGGCUUUGUCACGCGGCGAGCGCGUGGCUCCCACGCCUCUCAACUCGCUGAAGAGACGUGCUGGGGUACCGGCGGCACAUGGGGGUCUCAAGUAUAAGGCCAGCAAUAAUAACGAUGAUCUAAUUUCACUCUCACAAGUGAAGAAUGAUUUGAAGAAACAAGACAAAACAUUUUUCAAAAGCAAGCGCUCAGACCCAAAGAAUAAGAAGUUGAAGUAAUUUUAACUUGAUUUAAUAUUGAUUUAAAAGAUAAAAAUAAAUUGGUUUCGUUUAACUUUACUGUUAAUUAAUUAUAAACGUUGUUUGUUAUG